AUGCCGUUCGCUGUUCUUAUCGUCAUCUCUUCAUUGGCCACUACUUGGGCUCAAUUUGCACCAUACGGUUCCAUGAACUAUGGUAGUCCCAUGAUGCCUGGUGGCCGGGGAUUUCCAAAUGAAGGGAUGUACAAUAUGGUCCCCCAAACAUUCGGACAACAACCUCGGAUAAACGGAGCAGUCAUGUAUAAUCCAAGUUUCGGAGGUCAAAAUGUUCCUCAAAUGUCUUUGAACUCUCCAUAUGGAUCCUCGUUCCCUCAACAACCUUCCAACGGAAUGAACAGUAUGGGAGCUAUAAGCAGUGUGGGCAGUAUGGGUAGUAUGGGUAGCAUGGGCAGCAUGGGCAGCAUGGGCUUGACCAACUUCGGCUCUGGCCAGCAGUUUCCUUCAUCCCCCUUUUUCAAUCAAGGAGGAGAUGCCAGUGCCUUUGGUCAACAGAACUAUGGGUUCAUGAAUCAAGGUGGAGCAUUCGGACAGUUCCAAGGUGACUCGAACAUGAACAACGUUCCCAGAGAAGAGAACCAGAGUGUUUCCGGGGCGACAAGGAUCAUUCCUCCUUUCUUGAAAACAGCUUCAAAAGCCGAACAAGACAAGUUUUACCAAAUCGUUCAAAACCCCACCUGGACUGCCGCUCAGAAACAAGAGAAAAUAGAUGAAUUUGUUAGAGGAUUGGAAGUAGAUGCUCAGAACUUGUACGCGGAAUUCCAAAGAUCAUCUCAAGGCUCAUCAUCGGAAAAGAAACGCCAAGUACAUGAAGCUGUGCAUUCCAUGAGUACGGAAGCCCAAGCUCAGUUCCAGAAGGUAUCAGCUUUGAUGACAAAUACAGCUAUGAGCGAUUCGGAACGAUUACAGAAAAUUGAAAAACUUUAUAAUGAAAUUCCAACAAACAUAAGAAAGGAAUUUGAUUCGAAAUUCAGUGAUCUCUAA